CCGACCGCCGUCGCUUCGGCACAGUCGCCUGUGAUUCCCGACGGAUAUGAGGACCCUGGCCAUCGCUGUCGCCCUCGUGGCGUUUGUAGGAGUCAGUGUGAGCGGAGAUCCUGAAGCUGAUGCUGAGCCCAGCCGCUAUGGAGGCGGCUUUGGAGGCCAUGGGGUGGUGUCCUACAGACCCGUGUACAACAGCUACGGCUACGGACGCUGGAAGAGGAGUGCUGAGCCUGUAGCUGAGGCUGAGGCUGAGCCCGAGGCCGAUCCUUCCCGCUUCGGAUACGGGCAUGGCGGCUUUAGUCACGUGUCCUUCAGGCCCGUGUACAACAACUAUGGCUACGGACGCUGGAAGAGAAGUGCUGAGCCUGUAGCUGAGGCUGAGGCUGAGGCCGAGGCCGAUCCUUCCCGCUUCGGAUACGGGCAUGGCGGCUUUAGUCACGUGUCCUUCAGGCCCGUGUACAACAGCUAUGGCUACGGACGCUGGAAGAGGAGUGCUGAGCCUGUAGCUGAGGCUGAGGCUGAGCCCGAGGCCGAUCCUUCCCGCUUCGGAUACGGGCAUGGCGGCUUUAGUCACGUGUCCUUCAGGCCCGUGUACAACAGCUAUGGCUACGGACGCUGGAAGAGGAGUGCUGAGGCUGAGCCCGGAUUCAGCUUCGGUCACGGCUUCGGAGGUCACGGCCGCUUCGGAGGCUACAGGGGCUAUGGAGGCCACGGCGGAAGCUUUGGUGGACAUGGGCGUUUCUACGGCUGAAGGAUUCCUUUUUCCCAAGAUCAAUAAAGCUGAGCAAUUUCA